GAAAUUAACUCACAGUAGAGAGUCAGUUGAGCCGUAGUGCUGCUGAGCGGAGAAGCUGGUAAAAGAUUUGUAAACUGGAACCUCCGUUACGAACUACUUUUCAGUUAAACCCGGAGAGUAAAAAAACAAAACAAAACAAAAAACGAUAAGACCUACUCAAGCGUAAUCUUGGGCAGCAGCGAUGUCGGGCGCCUACGAUGACUCCAUGAAUGACGUCUCCAGUGAAAGCUUCUGGGAGGUUGGAAACUACAAACGCACGGUGAAGCGGGUUGAUGACGGCAAUCGGCUGUGCAGCGACCUCAUGAACUGCAUUCACGAACGCGCUCGCAUUGAGAAGGCGUACGCGCUGCAGCUCACAGAAUGGGGAAAGCGCUGGCGGCAACUCAUAGAGAAGGGCCCUCAGUACGGUACGUUGGAGCGAGCGUGGGCCGCCCUCUGCACCGAGGCCGAGAAGGUCAGCGACCUCCACCUGGAGGUGAAGGCGGCGUUGAUGAGCGAAGACUACGAGAAGCUGAAGAACUGGCAGAAGGACUCGUAUCAUAAGCAGAUGAUCGGCGGCUACAAAGAGACAAAAGAGACGGACGACGGCUUCCGCAAGGCUCAGAAACCCUGGGCCAAGAAACUGAAAGAGGUGGAGACAAUGAAGAAAUCUUACCACGCAGCCUGCAAAGAAGAGAAACUGGCAGCCAGCAGGGAAACAAACAGCAAGCUGGAGAGCAACAACAAUCCAGAUACUCAGAAGAAACUGCAGGAAAAAGUGGAGAAAUGUCAGCAGGAGGUCCAGAAGACCAAAGAGCGCUAUGAGAAAUCUCUGGAGGAGCUCGAAAAGUUGACCCCUCAGUACAUGGAAAACAUGGAGCAGGUGUUUGAGCAGUCGCAGCAGUUUGAAGACAAACGUAUUCGCUUCUUCAAAGAGCUUCUGCUGGAGGUUAAGAAGCACUUGGACCUUUCUACAGACUCCAGAUUCCAGACGGUCUACCAGACGCUUGAAGACACGAUCUCUGCUACUGAUGCUGAGGAUGACUUGAAAUGGUUCCGAUCCAAUCACGGCCCGGGCAUGCCCAUGAACUGGCCGCAGUUUGAGGACUGGUCCGUAGACCUGAACCGAACCCUCAGCAGGCGAGAGAAGAAGAAACCAUCAGAGGGCGUGACCCUGACAGCCAUCAGUCAGACCGGGUCGGACCAGCCGGUCCAACCUGCCAAGAGCAGCAGCAGCCUGAAUGUGGCUACUAAAACAGAACCGGUGGGCACAAACCCGUUUGAAGAUGAUGAGGAGCAGGAGGAGAUGGCUGAGGAGGAGCAGACCACCGUCAACCACGUCUCUGUGAAUAAAGAGGAAAUAAAAACCACCAACAGCACAGAGAAGACCCCAGACUGGUCAGACGAGGACACAGCCGGAAACCCUUUCUCCACCAACGGCGACGGCAAUCCGUUUGAGGAAGAACCCGAGUCCCCGAUCAUUUCUGUUCCCGUUAAAGCCCUCUACGAUUACGAAGGACAAGAGCAGGACGAGCUGAGCUUCAAAGCAGGUGACGAAUUUACAAAAAUCGGAGCAGAGGACGAUCAAGGCUGGUGCAAAGGCCGACUCAAGGACGGACAAAUCGGCCUCUAUCCUGCUAAUUACGUCGAAGACAUCCAGUGAAAAGCUUCGCCCGACGCAACAAAUGUGAAGAAAGAAGAAGAAGCAGCGUUCGGGCAGAAUCGGCUUGAUGUUUCUCUUCCUCCUUAGUAAAUGAUUAAAUAAGCGUGUUGUAUGAGGACCACUGUUGCUUGCUACAGAUUGGCUUUGGUGUGAACAAAAGAGCGGGAGAAGAAAGCAGAGCACAUGUUACCGGGGGAACAGCUGCUGUCCGUCUAAGAUGUUACAUAAAAUCACAUUAAUGCUGUUACAGACAAGCUAUUCAGAUGUGUGUUAGGUGAGAUUCAAUUAAAUGUGUUAAUAAAUGUGUAAAUAUAUAUAUAUAUUGUUUAAAACAAAACACUGGGAUGACAACCUGCCUUGUGACGUCAAAUGCAACCUUAAUAUUUAAACCCUUUUUUUUUUUUUUAUUAAUUGAGGGAGACUUUUUAGUUAUUCUUGCUAAUGGACUCCAGUCCAUUGAUAUG